CGGCACCUUGAGAAUUUCUCCCCCUCCCCCAUUUCCCGCUUUGCGCCUAGGAUAGCGGUCCGCCCACAGUCACCCAUCUCGAUCAGUCCGCAGAGCGAAAUCACAGACAAGAUGUCGGACAAACUCACUCGUAUCGCUAUCGUCAGUAGCGACAAGUGCAAGCCCAAGAAGUGUCGCCAGGAAUGCAAGAAGUCAUGCCCCGUUGUGCGCUCCGGUAAACUCUGUAUCUAGGUGUCUCCCGAGUCGCGCAUUGCCUUCAUCUCCGAACAGCUGUGCAUUGGUUGUGGUAUCUGCCCCAAGCGCUGCCCCUUCGGCGCCAUCACCAUUAUCAACCUGCCCACCAACCUCGAGAGCCAGAUCACCCAUCGCUAUGCCGCCAACAGCUUCAAGCUCCACCGUCUUCCCAUGCCCCGCCCCGGCAACGUCUUGGGUCUUGUCGGAACGAACGGUAUCGGCAAGAGUACCGCGCUCAAGAUCCUCUCCGGAAAGCUUAAGCCCAACCUGGGCAGGUACGACAACCCACCUGACUGGGAGGACGUCAUCAAGUACUUCCGCGGUUCUGAGUUGCAGAACUACUUCACCAAGCUGCUCGAGGAUGACCUGAAGGCUGUUGUCAAGCCCCAGUACGUCGAUCAGAUCCCCAAGGCCAUCCGCACCCCCGACAAGAGCGUGAAGUUCCUGAUUGAGGGCCGCCGUUCUCUCGAUAACCUUGACGAGGUUCUCGACACCCUUGAGUUGCGCCAUAUCUACGACCGUGAUGUUACCCUCCUUUCCGGUGGUGAGCUCCAGCGUUUCGCCAUCGGUACCGUUUGCGUUCAGAAGGCCGAUGUCUACAUGUUCGACGAGCCUUCCUCGUAUCUCGAUGUCAAACAAAGAUUGAGUGCUGCCCGCAUCAUUCGCUCUCUCCUCCGCCCUGACGACUACGUCAUUGUCGUCGAGCACGACUUGUCUGUCCUCGACUACCUCUCCGAUUACGUCUGCUGUCUUUACGGUCAGCCCGCCGUCUACGGUGUCGUCACCCUCCCUCACUCCGUCCGUGAAGGCAUCAACAUUUUCCUCGAUGGCCACAUCCCUACUGAGAACUUGCGUUUCCGUGACGAGAGCUUGACCUUCCGCAUUGCCGAAGGCACUGAGGAGUUCAUUCAGGAAAAGUCGCGCGCCUUCAAGUACCCUGCCAUGGAGAAGACCAUGGGCAACUUCCACCUGUCCAUCGACGCCGGUUCUUUCUCUGAUUCCGAGAUUAUCGUCAUGAUGGGUGAGAACGGUACUGGAAAGACCACCUUCUGCCGUCUCUUGGCCGGUGUUCUUAAGCCUGACGGCACCAAGAGGGUUCCUGAGAUGAAGAUCUCCAUGAAGCCCCAGACCAUCACUCCCAAGUUCGAGGGUACCGUUCGCCAGCUGUUCUUCAAGAAGAUCAAGGCUGCUUUCUUGUCUCCUCAGUUCCAGACUGAUGUCGUUAAGCCUCUGAAGCUUGAUGAUUUCAUUGACCAGGAAGUCAAGCAUCUGUCCGGUGGUGAACUUCAAAGAGUUGCCAUCGUUCUUGCUCUCGGUAUUCCUGCUGAUAUCUACCUCAUCGAUGAGCCUUCUGCCUAUCUCGACUCCGAGCAACGUAUCAUUGCCUCCCGUGUUAUCAAGCGUUUCAUCAUGCACGCCAAGAAGACUGCCUUCAUCGUCGAGCACGAUUUCAUCAUGGCCACUUACCUUGCCGACCGUGUUAUUGUCUUUGAUGGCAAGCCUGGUAUCGACGCUCACGCCAACAAGCCCGAGUCUUUGCUUACUGGCUGCAACACCUUCUUGAAGAACCUUGAUGUCACUUUCCGUCGUGAUCCUACCAACUAUCGCCCUCGUAUCAACAAGCUGAACUCUCAGCUUGACCAGGAGCAGAAGCUCAGUGGCAACUACUUCUUCUUGGACGACCCGGAGAAGAGCAGUUAAAGACGGCAUCUCCAAUGAUGUUCUUCCCAAGAAUAAUAAAAAUAGCGGCAGAGGCAACAAUACUAAACGCCACCGUCGUUGUUAUGAUGAUGCAUCGGAUUCCGGCGUUCUAGGCGUCCAAAAAGAAAAGGGCAGUUCCUCCAUUCAUUGCGGCGCCGGGGAUGGUAGCGGUAGCGGCGGCGGCGGUUCUGGUUCUGAUCUCGAAACUGUCUCUUCCUCUUCCUCUGAGGACGAUGCGCCGAAUGAUUAACCCCGGCGGCGGCAGUCUGUUCCCUGUUGCCUGGUCCUACGAAAAGAGAGAGAUAUACCCCUCCGUCACAUGUUUUGUGAGAAAGUUUGCGCUGUGUUUCUGGUUUUGGCGAAACCCUUGCUUGAGGGUUGACUACAACAGCGGACGGGGGGGAAACCACCAACCUGGAUUGGAACUUUUUGUAGAUUGAGGGGCAACGGGUCAAGCAGGGCGACUGCCGCCGGAACUCUCAGAACCAAGUGGUUGUUUUGAGGGGACCAAAGCACAAAGAAUGGGAUAAGGGGAGGUUUGCAAGGGAGGCGAUCGAUCUGACUAGUUGAUGAAUACACAUUGAAUUUUAAGUGGGAAUAU